AUGGAGAUGAGGAGGCCUGCUGCAGUGGUAGAAGUCCUGAGUCCCACAGCAGCCAGCAAGAGGUGGUGGUCAGAUGGUGUAGAUGGUGUGGCAUCAGGAGCAACUGAAUCCCUAGGCACCACAAAUGCACAGCCAAUGUUGAGCAACCGCAACUGCACCCUGGUCCAAGGGUGGACUGAGGGCAAUGUGACGAUGCAGAGGGAGCAUCCACCAAGUGGAUCUCUCAGUCGGAUCCACCAAGGCUCUGUGCCUCAGGCCCACGGAGGCCAGUGCCCAGCCCCACCACCAUUUCCUUAUGCCAAACCUAUAAAUCCAACUGAUGAAUCCACGUUUCCCGUUGGAACAUCUUUGAAGUAUGAAUGUUGUCCAGGAUAUAUCAAGAGACAGUUCUCUAUCACCUGCCAAGAAAACUCAGUGUGGACAAGUCCUCAAGACAUGUGUAUACGUAAACAAUGUGAAACUCCUUUAGAUCCUCAGAAUGGCAUAGUACAUGUAAACACAGACAUUCGGUUUGGAUCCUCUAUCACUUAUACCUGUAAUGAAGGAUACCGCCUCAUUGGUUCCUCCUCUGCUAUGUGCAUCAUCUCUGAUCAGAGCGUUGCCUGGGAUGCCAAGGCACCUAUUUGUGAAUCAAUUCCUUGUGAGAUACCCCCAAGCAUUCCCAAUGGAGAUUUCUUCAGUCCUAACAGAGAAGAUUUUCAUUAUGGAAUGGUAGUUACCUACCAGUGCAACACUGAUGCGAGAGGGAAGAAGCUCUUUAACCUGGUGGGUGAGCCCUCCUUACACUGUACCAGCAUCGAUGGUCAAGUUGGAGUCUGGAGUGGCCCUCCUCCUCAGUGCAUUGAACUCAACAAAUGUACUCCUCCCCAUGUUGAAAAUGCAGUCAUAGUGUCUGAAAACAAAAGCUUGUUUUCCUUAAGGGAUAUGGUGGCGUUUAGAUGUCAGGAUGGCUUUAUGAUGAAAGGAGACAGCAGUGUGUGUUAUGUCCGAUCCCUAAACAGAUGGGAGCCUCAGUUACCAAGCUGCUUCAAGGGUAAGUCUGACCUGGGCUUCGAAGUGUGCAAUGCCAUGGAAUUGGGACUGGGGAUAGGGUUGGUUCUGGAUGAGGGAAUAAAGAGUCCUGUGCCCCCGACAUGUGCAGGUCCCAAGGCUGCUAUCUUGCUUGACAUAUAUGGCUUAUGUUUUUAUUCACCAUACACUGCUGUUAUUUCUGUUUGGCUUUUUUAUUUUUCUCCAGUGAAAUCCUGUGGUGCUUUCCUGGACGAGCUUCCUAAUGGGCAUGUAUCCGUUCCACAAAAUCUUCAACUCGGGGCCAAAGUGACCUUUGUUUGUAAUACAGGGUGUCAAUUAAAAGGCAAUUCUGCUAGUCAUUGUGUUCUUGAUGGAGUGGAAAGCAUUUGGAAUAGCAGUGUUCCUGUGUGUGAACAAGUGAUAUGUAAACUCCCUCAGGAUAUGAGUGGAUUCCAGAAAGGGUUGCAAAUGAAAAAAGAUUAUUACUAUGGAGAUAAUGUAGCCUUGGAAUGUGAGGAUGGGUAUACUCUAGAAGGCAGUUCUCAGAGCCAGUGCCAGUCCAAUGCCAGCUGGGAUCCUCCUCUGCCCAAAUGUGUCUCUAGUAAGUGCAAAGUUGAAGGGUGGAGCCCCUCCUCAGCCUGGUCACUGACUGCCCAGUCAUCUCUGUAUCCUGUGCCCACUGUGAUGGGGUACCAGUUGACUGGAUAUACUUAUGAGAAGUGUCAAAAUGCUGAGAAUGGGACUUGGUUCCAAAAGAUUGCAGUUUGUACAGUUAUUCUCUGUCCACCUCCACCAACAAUUGCAAAUGGUAGUCACACUGGCAUGAUGGCAGAGCACAACAAUUAUUAUACAAAAACAAGACCCAAAGAUGGAGCUCUUCAUUUAGAAACUCGAGAAGUAUAUGCUGUUGAUCCAUACAACCCAGCAAGUUGA